CAACAGGGGGCAGUGAAGCACAGUUGGGAGGGGGCAAAGCGCGCGAGGCCAUCAGCCAAUCAGAGAAGGCCACCACGAGUGGAGAAUAAAGAGGGAGAGGAAGCUUUGUUGCCGCCAUUUCGUGUACAAGAAGCGGACCGUUCGAGUGGUGCAUACGCGUAAGUGCUUCAACAUUGAGCUCAUUUUGGAGUCUUGCGUAGAUUUCAGAACUAGCGGCGUUUUGUUAUAUUACAGUCAGGAAUAGCUUGGAGUGUUUUAGUUAGUGGCCACCGCUCGGUUCCGCGGAGAAAAUGAGCAGCUACGGUAGGCCGCCGCCAGACGUGGAGGGGAUGACCUCCCUCAAAGUGGAUAACCUGACUUACCGGACUUCGCCGGAGACGCUGCGCCGUGUGUUCGAGAAGUACGGCCGGGUAGGCGACGUGUACAUCCCGCGGGACAGGUACACCAAGGAGAGCCGCGGCUUCGCCUUCGUGCGCUUCCUGGACAAGCGCGACGCCGAGGACGCCAUGGACGCAAUGGACGGGGCGCUGCUCGACGGACGGGAGCUCCGCGUGCAGAUGGCCCGCUACGGCCGGCCGCCGGACUCCAUGUACAGCCGGAGAGGGGCUGCGCCGCGACGACGUUCAGCGAGCCCUCGCCGCCGCAGACGUAGUCGUUCCAGGAGCAGGAGCCGCUCCCAAUCCAGGUGUCGCCGUCGCUACAGCCGGUCCAGGUCCCGCUCCUAUUCCCGAUCCAGGUCUCGGUCCAAGUCUAAAUCCAAGUCCAGGACCCCGAGGCGGAGCAAGUCCAAGUCCCCCUCCAGGUCGAGGAGCCGGACCCCCGCCUCCAACCGCGGGUCCAGAUCCAGGUCCAAGUCCAAGAGCCGGCCCAAGUCUCCAGAGGGCAACGGAACAGAGCCUUAGCUCAAAGUUGGAUGCGACAUGACGGUAUUUAGUGGGAUGGGUGGAAUGUCAUAAAUACAUACAUGAACAGAUGCUUAGUAUUCUGAUGUCUUGAGGUUGCUCUUUUUAAAAUUUCUCAUUAGCAACCAAGUCAGCAGAACCAUGACUAUUUUAGAAAUACAAUAGCCAAGAUUAAUUUGUCUCUAAAGCAUGUGUGUUCUUUAAGUCAAACAAUUUAAAACACAUGCAAAAGAGCGUUUGAAUUGGGCUAAUGUGAGUAUAUAUGGGUGUGCUUCACUCCAAACGUUCACCUAAAUGUGGAAUUCUUUCCUCCAAGCUGCUGAGUCCUGUUUGCAAAGAGAGGAGGAGGAGAUGGGGGUGUGGCAGUAUGAGAGCAGUUAGUGUGUGACCUGCCCAUGUCACCUGCCUGUUGCUGGGGGGGCGAUGGCAGUUGCUCGGGAGCAGGUCACCCAGGCAACGCUUGGUUGUUCAGGAGCAGGUCGUCAUGGUGGUGGUGCGGGGCUGUCAGUUGGUGUUUGAGGUGGUGUGGUGAGGUGAGGUACGUUCACAGGGAUCGCGGGCGGACGUGCCCGGGGUGGGGCCCCCACCUGCUUCCUGUGCUUUGCCCUCCCGCCUCUCAACCCAAAGGUUUGUUUUUAAAUGAUGCCAGAGUGCAAGAGUCCUGUGUAGAGCUAGUCUUUUGGGAAUGUGGUACUACGGAAGGUGCGUAAACGCAUACAUGAGGUGUACUCGCACGUUGUAAAUAUUCGGGUUAAGAGUUAAGAUGGCAUCUUUUCAGAUGCUUUCUUGUUAACUCUGAUCUGUCUUUUCUUGCAGAUUUCUCAGAUGAUUGCGUCUUUUUGCUGAGGACAUCAGGAUGAGUCUCACCAUGUUCAAGGGGACUCCACUAUUGCCACUGAAAGCAGACUGAAAGGUUAUUUGGAACUUGGUCUAAAUGUUUCCUAAAUAGUUCAUCUUACUUGUGCUAAAAAAAAAAUCAUGUUAGUCAUUUAAAAAGUUGGGCCUGUUGAAAUAGAUUUGUAUGUUUUUGUUCCCCCCUUUUAAAUUGCUUUAUUUUUGAAUUUGUACUCUUCAAUAAAUGUUUGAGUUAAUUUCAUUUAAUGGAAGUUAAUUAACUUCCAUCUUUUAAUGGAAGACUUUGUCUUUUUCUUGGCAGGAGGUUGUCAAUUACAAAUAAUUGGUUUGUUACCCCUCUCAAUUGGGCAAACAUGCUGUACAUUAAUCCGUUUUGUCAGUGUGGCUUCAUUUGUCUUGAUGACAAAAGUUUUUAUUUUUUUAUUUUUUUUUUGAUUUUUCUGUCAACUCUUUGUCUGGUUAAAGUUGCUUCCUAUGACUCUAACCCUCUUUCUUGUGUAUCUUUUGUGCACUAGGCGCAGUUGUGUAGCAGUUGAGUAAUGCUGGUUAGCUGUUAAGAUGCAGUGCAGUGCGGUGGUGACAUGGUGUGGCGUGUUGCGGUGCUGAGUGCCCGGUCACUGUUCCGGGGCGCUCGACCCUCCGCUGCUGUUUGCCGGUUUGUAAGCUCACAGGUGUGGCAGAUCAUCCAUCCCCUUUCUCCUUGUCCCCAUGCCCUCUUUGAAACCCCUCCUGUGUGCUGUACAGCUCUUUAUCCCUCCUUUCUUUCCUCUACCCUUGUCUGGUUCAUCACUCGCUUUUUGGAAGUGGGUCCAGUGUGGCUCACAGUUUAAGGGUUGACAUUAAUUUAAGAAAAAAAUAAGGGCAGUUUCGGCUGCCUCAUCACACCUUUUUGUGCAACGCAUUCCCAGUUAACCUUUUCCAUUUUCUUUAGGUGAAUGCUAAUAAACGUAUUUGUUGAAAAUGA